AUGGCUGCUGCUACUCUCAGUCCCUUCGAGCGCAGGGUCGCCGACACACACAUAUCCAAGACUGAUGUGAACAACCUUAUCAUGGACUAUCUGAUCACUGAAGGCUAUCCAUCGGCUGCCCAAAAAUUUGCUGCUGAAGCGAAUAUUCAACCGAAAUCAGACUUCUCUGAUAUCCAAGAACGUGUACAGAUUCGGGAAUCUAUACAUCGAGGGGAUCUUCAGGUUGCCAUCGAACUUAUAAAUGAAUUGAAUCCAGAUCUGCUGGACACGGAUAAGAAGCUUCACUUUUCUCUUUUACGCCUUCAACUAGUGGAACUCAUUCGUCAAAGCUUCACCUCUUCAGACUCCGCUCUUGUAGGUGAAGCCAUAGAAUUUGCCCAAAAUAACUUAGCACCAUACGCUCCGCUAGAUGCCCAGUUUAAAAAUGACCUCGAAAGAGCUAUGGCAUUGUUGAUAGUGCCCAAGGAAUCUUGGAAUCAAGCUAGUUCCUCAAGGUCGACGGGAUCUGCUACAUCACAGGUUCAAAACGACUUUGGGGCACUUGCCGAGCUCGUUGAUCCCUCUCUUCGCCGAAAGGUAGCUAAAGAUGUCAAUGAAGCAAUUUUACAAUCUCAAGAUGAGAGGAGGGAAGCCAAUAUCCGCUACCUCGUUCGGGCACGUGCAUGGGCCGAGCAAUUAGCACGAGACAAGAAAAUCGAUCUCCCCGAGAAUAUGUCCUUAGGCCUCGAUGGCGACGAGCGGACAUCGCCCUCUGGCAAUGGUCACAAUGGCGACACCGAGAUGACGGGGAACAAUGGUGAAGAUGCCACCCGCUCCGGUGACGCCGAGCUUGCAAGAUAUACGAACAUUCCAUCGUGA